ACGUUUUUGGUCAAAUUUCAAAGUGUUUCAAUGAGGUUAUCCGCUUAUGGUACAUAAUAUACAAUCGAAUUGAUUACAAGAUGUGCCAUAGCUCAUAGGCACUGCGUUUACGUGCGCGAGUGUAUAUGUAUAUGUUUCGUGUGUAUAUGAUUGUGUGUAAUUUUUUUUUUCACUGUAUUUAAGUGGGAACGAAAUUGGCCUUCAUAAUAUUCCGAUGUAAUUAUUAUAUAUCCGUCGUUCUUAAAUUAUCAUAGUAAUUCAUGAACGCGUUGUUAUUGAGUUGUAAUUAUGAUUAGCUGUGUCGAUUUCAUAUUUAGUAAUAUUUGAAGAGGUGUCGAUUCAUUGUUGUGAUAAAGAUAAUUUGAAGACAAUGGCCGAGAUCAAAAGUAACAACAGCCAACAGCAACCAAUCGUUAAAAUUGGUCAUUAUAUACUUGGACAGACACUGGGUGUCGGUACGUUUGGUAAAGUAAAAAUUGGUGAACAUCAGCUUACCAAACAUAAAGUGGCUGUUAAAAUACUCAAUCGACAGAAGAUCAAAAGUCUGGAUGUAGUUGGAAAGAUACGACGAGAAAUACAAAAUCUUAAACUUUUCCGUCAUCCUCACAUCAUCAAACUUUACCAAGUUAUCAGUACACCUACUGACAUAUUUAUGAUAAUGGAGUAUGUAUCUGGUGGAGAACUAUUUGAUUACAUUGUGAAACAUGGUAAACUUAAAGAAUUUGAAGCUCGUCGUUUUUUUCAGCAAAUUAUAUCAGGUGUUGACUAUUGUCAUAGGCAUAUGAUUGUACAUAGAGAUUUAAAACCGGAAAACUUAUUAUUAGAUCAUAAUCUCCAUGUUAAAAUUGCUGAUUUCGGCUUAUCCAACAUGAUGAUGGAUGGAGAAUUUUUACGAACAAGUUGUGGCUCACCUAACUAUGCUGCUCCUGAAGUCAUCUCAGGGAAAUUGUAUGCUGGACCUGAAGUAGAUAUUUGGUCAUGUGGUGUUAUUUUAUAUGCAUUGUUAUGUGGUUCUUUGCCAUUUGAUGACGAACAUGUGCCAACUCUAUUCAGAAAAAUAAAAUCUGGUAUCUUUCCAAUACCAGAUUAUUUGAAUAAAUCAGUUGUUAGUUUACUAUGUCAUAUGUUGCAAGUUGAUCCAAUGAAAAGGGCUUCUAUUGAUGAUAUUAAAAAACAUGAAUGGUUUCAGCACGAACUACCUGCAUAUCUUUUUCCUUCUCCGGUUGAUCGAGAUUCUUCUGUGAUUGAUACUGAUGCUGUUAAUGAAGUUUGUGAAAAAUUUAGUGUGAAAGAAUCUGAAGUUCACAAUGCUUUAUUGAGUGGUGAUCCACAUGAUCAACUAGGCAUUGCAUAUCAUUUAAUUAUUGAUAAUAAACGAAUUGCUGAUGAAGCAGCAAAAGCAGAGUUACAAGAUUUUUAUAUUGCUAGUAGUCCACCUCCAACCAUUGGAAGUCCAGAUGUUUCAGCUUCAACUGCAGGCGCUAAACCACACCCUGAAAGAAUAAUGUCUCAGAGAGAACGAGCUCAAUCUAUAGAUCAAAGUGCCCGUGGAUCACCAAUGAAAAGAGCUAAGUGGCAUUUAGGUAUAAGGUCUCAAAGUAGACCUACAGAUAUUAUGAAUGAAGUUUAUAGAGCCAUGAAAGCUCUUAAUUUUCAGUGGAAAGUAAUAAAUCCUUACCAUAUUCAAGUAAGACAUAUGAAUCAAAAAACUGAUAGUUAUACCAUGAUUUCGUUGCAACUGUAUCAAGUGGAUUAUAAAAGUUAUUUAUUGGAUUUUAAGAGUUUAACUAAUGAUCAAUUAGAAAAUGUAAAUUUAUCUACACCAGCUUUAGAAAUUGAAAAUCAAUCACCAAGACAAGAAGUUGCAGUACAACCACAAAAAAAAUGUGCAGGACAUCAUACUAUGGAGUUUUUUGAAAUGUGUGCUGCUCUUAUUACUCAACUUGCCCAUUGAUUAAUUUAUAAAAAUAUUAAUAUUAUUAAUGUAAGUUUAUAUAUAAUAAAUUGAUUAGGUCACAAGUAUUGUACAACCUUAAAUCUUAGUAUCUACAGUAUAUUUGCUUUUUAUUUGUAAUUAUAU